AUGCCCCAAUAUCUUGUCAGACCCACCAUAUAUCGGAAAGACUACGAAUCCUUGUUUGGUCCUGUCAAGAUCAUCGAUUUCGGCCAAUCGUUCAUGAGCCACGACACCCCUGACGAGUUUCACAAUCCAGUUCCUCUUCGGCCUCCAGAAGUGAUCUUUAAAGACAAAGCGGACAAUCGCAUGGACCUGUGGAGCAUGGGCUGUAUGGUGCCUUAUCGUGUGACAACACCAUUCGACCCUUACUUCGAAUCCCAAAUCUCAUCGCUUGGCAACCAAAUGCUGGAGCACACAGGUGACAGGAUGCCAGACCGCUGGCAGAAAGAGUGGCAAGUCAUGGACACCGCGAGACGAGUUGAGCUAGAGAAGUGGUACGUUGAGAUUGCCACACCACCGUUCGAAGAGCCUCUCCAUACACUUCAAACGUGGUUGGAGAACAUACACCUUGAUGAAGAGAGGAAGCAGGACUUGAGUCGGAAUGAUAUACAACAAGUGGGGGAGCUUGUGAGGGGUAUACUAAGACUUGAGCCUACCGCAAGGGCGUCGGCACGAGAUAUCGUUCAGGAUCCUUGGUUCCACGAGGACUGA